UAUAUCUUUCUUAGAAUAUAAAGUUCAAAUAGUAAAAAAAAUUGAAUAGAAACCAUAAGAACACACAUUUCAGCCAAACAGGGUUAUUAGUUAGUGUUAUAUAAAAUAAAAGGAAAAGGAAAUACAGUCACCCCUUGAGUUGAGCCCACUAACUGUUCCUUUUCUCCAAGCGUGAUUGAUGGCAAUAAAUAUUUCUUUCUUGAUUUCUUAGUUCUCACUCAUUUUACAAAAGGCUAUGAUUCACUUUAUGUUAAAUUCUUGAAUGGAACCAUGCAGAUGGGUUCAAGUUUCCAACCACUAUAAACAAAACAAGUCAAUUUUUAGAAUCAAAUCACUCGACCACUUUUAUAUUAGUGUGUCUACACUACAUACAAUAGAUAGAAGAAGCACACUUAUCUCCCACUAGCAUAGAACACACACUUGAGGCCAUGGACUGGUUCACUUGGCUCUCAAAAACUGGCCUAGACCCAUCCCUAGUCUAUCACUAUGGCUUAAUAUUUUCACACAAUGAGCUUGAAGAAGCCGACAUGGCUUACUUCAACCAUGAAUUCCUCCAAAGCAUGGGAAUUUCCAUAGCCAAACACCAGCUGGAAAUUCUCAAGCUUGCUCGGAAGUAUAAUGGAAGCGUUCUUGCACACCCCAUGUCGAAGAUCCUGAUUGCCAUCAAACGGACUAAGAGCCGUUUCUCAAAGUACUUAAGGACAUGGAUUCGUUGCAAGGAGUCUGGCCUGGCCAUCGUGCCUGCAGGAAGCAUCAGCACUGGCCGGAAGAACAUCAUGAUCAAGAAAAACAAGAGGCUGUUGCUGGCUAACAAGCAGCAUCAGAACCGAGCACCACCUCUGCUUACAAAUGGUAGCCCGGUGAUGUUCCCUAGCUCAAGAAUCAACAGCUUUUCAAGCCCUGCUGUGUUUGAAUUUCAAACGGAUGAUCAGAAACUGGAUGAAGAGUAUCAUCACUAUUGGCCCUCUGUAGUUGAAGACUUCAGGUGGGAUUCAAUGUUUCAGAACUUGAAACCAACCUGAAGCUUUUACCAGGGCCUUUCCUUUUAAGUAUUAACCAUUUCCUUUUUCUCUUUUUUCUUCUCCAAUUACACCACAUAGUCAUCCACAUUCUUCUUAUUGUUACUUAUUAUUAUUUUAGCGAGUUUGAACUUUGAAGCCCUGGUCGUAUUUUGGGAAGAUCAGCUCUUCACUUCACUUCACUGUUAGGAUGUUUUGUGUCUGAUUUAGUGAGGGAUUGAUUGUUUUUGGUGUCAAACACCAAGAGCUUAUUUAAUUUUUAGAAUUUAGGUAUUUUUGAAUGGUGGACAUGGAGAUAAAGGGGAAGCCUACAUCUUUCUUUAGUAUGGAGGGGUAAUCAAUUUGUCUCUCUACUUUAAUUUUUUUUGAAUGACUCACUCACUUUGGUAUACUUUAAAGAUGUUUGUUGCUCUUGCCAUAUUAUAUCUGUAGGAGGGCUCCUUUAUUACACCCUUACUUGGCACCUAUUGAUGCUUUAAUGCCAUCUUGUUUUGGUCAUGUAUUAAAGAUGACUUGCUGCUUAGUA